AUGAUUCCAUAUGUAAUGAAAAAUAAUAGCGGACCAGGAGAUGGAGGGUUUGCCGGAGGCAUUGAACUACCACCCCCACCGCCGCCAAACGACAGACGAGAAGCCACAACAUUAACGAGUAAUGGCGACGAUCCACCUCAACCUCCCGUGUUUGAUGGGGGAAACUUUGGAGGCUUAUUUCUUCUUCAAGGAGAAGAUCCAGUAGAACCACCGUUUCCUUUAGGAGGUCGACCCGAGCCUGUCGAUGUAACCUUUUCAGUUACCAAUGGUAAUUUUGGUCCACCCAACUCCGAGGACUCAAUGCCGACAGGUGUGAUGGAAGACAUUGCUCACCAUUCCUUUCAAAAUAGGAUAGGUCCAUUAAAAGUUGAUUAUACACAAAUUUCAUGUGAUUUUGACACACCCUGUGAGUGGUUUAGAAUAGAGGAUUGGACCGUGCAAAACAAAACAAUUGGCAAUGUUUCUGAUCUUGGAGUGUACUACUCAGGGAACUACCUGUUAUUUCAAAAUCAUUUGCCCGGUGUAAAUAUCAUUGUCACCAACGAUGUUAUUGUAAGUAAGUUCAACGCCGUGUUCUGUCUCUCCUUCGUGUACUACCUUCCCGGUCCCUCUGGGGUCCUGUACGUACAAAUCGUUGAUUCCAACACAGGGGACAUGAGAGCGGUCUUUUCUGAUAGAAAUUACUCAGAAGUGUGGAGGAAAAGUAAUGUCACCAUCACAACCUCCAGCGAUUUCGUUAUUUUACUGGAGGUGGAAAACCUGGUAAACGAUUCAAUGAUUGCCAUCGACAAUGUUGUCCUAACAAAUGAAACGUGUAUUAAUACACAAGAAUCAGAAAGCAAUCCUCCUUUAACAGUCCAACCAUUUAUUCCCGCUGCACUAUGAGAUGGUUUAUGGAACCGACUGGUAUUAAGAAACGUUCGCUGUGUUUUAUGGACAUUAAUUACUUGAUGACCAAACAAGAAUGAAGUAUAUUUCAGUAAUGUUGUUUAUUUAAAAAAAAUAUGAAUACGUUGAUAGAUGAUGUUUUGAUAUACAGUUAGACUAAAUUAUAUGUGUAUCAAGUUUGUAAAAAUGAAUUGAUUUGCUACGACAUCUAUGUGAGUUUAUCUAAAUAACAUAUUAAUAUAUUUUGUAACCAAAUGUAUCAGAUUCAUGUUGUGCAAUUUUUAUUAAAAUUUUGUAAUUAUUUAUUCAUUUAUAGAAAGUUUUUUUUGCUUCAAAUGCAUUUGUUUAAAGAACAAAUAAAUGGUAUGAUAUCA